CUGGGGCGAUGCGGCAUGACGUGUGUAGGCGGAUCUAGGGCGGGGAUUUGGCCGGCGCUGUCAGACAGUCAUGGAGGCUCGCUACAACUUGAAGAGCCCGGCGGUCAAACGGCUUAUGAAAGAAGCUGCAGAAUUGAAGGACGCUACAGAUCAUUACCAUGCUCAACCACUAGAGGAUAAUCUGUUUGAAUGGCACUUUACUGUUCGGGGCCCUCCGGAUUCAGAUUUUGAUGGCGGUGUCUACCAUGGCAGAAUUGUUCUCCCUCCAGAGUAUCCCAUGAAACCCCCAAGUAUCAUUUUGUUAACGGCUAAUGGUAGGUUUGAAGUUGGAAAGAAAAUAUGCCUAAGUAUUUCUGGUCAUCACCCCGAAACGUGGCAGCCUUCCUGGAGCAUACGAACUGCAUUGUUGGCUAUAAUUGGGUUCAUGCCCACCAAAGGUGAAGGUGCCAUAGGUUCUCUGGAUUACACACCUGAAGAAAGAAAAGCACUUGCCAAAAAAUCUCAGGAGUACUUUUGUGACGCAUGCGCAUCAACCAUGAAGACUGCUUUACUCCCACUAAGUUCAGAAUCCAGCCAAGAUGACACAGAAGCCAGAGAACUUGCAAGACAGAUCAGUUUUACGGUAAAUCCUCCUGGAAUUUCUCAAGCAGAAGGAAGUGGCACUAUACCAAAACCACCCGAAACAGAACAGAAUACUGACGCAGUGCUUCAGGCUGAGAUCCAUGAUAGAGAAGCUCCAUCUGGUGAAGAAGAGGAACAGCCAGCCCCAACUCCCAAUGUGUCCAGGAGCCCUCGGCAGAGACGAGCACAGCAGAGGAGAAACCCGGCUUCUCCAGGGCUCAUCCCAGUCCAGCAACAUACUGGCGAUGCAAGCAACACCGGAUCAACACUGCUGAUAGUAUUGCUGACCUUAGCAUUGGCAGUGCUUAUUUUCCGUAGAAUAUACUUGGCCAACGACUACAUUUUUGACUAUGAGCUAUAAGGUUUGGUUGGUUCUGUAAGGAAUUGACAUGAACACUUGUUAAAAUGUGUAUCGGUUAUGACAACUGUUUAAGGGAAUGACUUUCUGUUAAAAAACAAAACAUUUAUCUGCUUAAAUGGCUGUCUAUGGCAUACUAUAAUAUUGUUGCUGGAGUUGGCUGGAUCUUUCUUCCAAUCAGGCUAUACACUUUGAACAAGUGCUUUGUUUAUACCCAUGUUUAUAUGUUUAAUGAACAAAGAGAAUAAUGGGUAGCACACCUCCCAUUUUGUAGAAAAGAAAACUACUGCACUCCCAUGAUAAAUAUACUGAUGCAAAUAAAGUCAUUUUUUCUUUCUUUUUUUUUUAAUCCUAGAGUGAUAUGUUAAACGGAGGGAAUGCUGUAAACAUUACCUUGUGGCUUGGGUUGAGUGUACAAGAGCUACUCCUCUGAGCACUUAAAAAAGGGCGUGAAUUACUCUUGUGCUUUAAUUUUUUUAGAACCUUAUUUUGUAGUAGAUUGCUUUUGCAAAUUUUUUUUCUAUUUCAUGAUAAACAUCCAUUGGGCCAAACAAUUGGGUCAUUGCUGUCAUGUUCCUAGGGCUGAAUCUGUCUAUCUACACCAGUGGUGGUCAACUUUUUUUUGACAUGGGGGGGCCUCGAGUGCAGCCCUUUUGUAUCUCCAAUGGACCACACAAGCUGUAAUAUAUUGGAAUGGUCAGUGAAUGUAGACCUGCAACAGCAGAGGGUCAAUGGCUCCACACAUGCUUCUCUAGCAAAGAAGUCCAUUAUUGUGUGGUGGAAGUGUCGGUUAUGAGUUAACUUUACAUCCAGGAUUAGAAACGCUCAAUUAGUGCACAGCUUUAAUCAGUAGUGACACUGCUCUAAGCACCUGUAUUUUUUUAACAGGGACAUUUUUUUACCAGUUCAGUUUUACCUAGUGUCACACAGUUUGGGAAAAUGACAUGGUGUUCAGAUAGACAUAUGACAUAGUGAGUUGAUUUACUUUUGGGUUGUCCCAAGAAUAGUGAUAGAGGGGAAAUCAUCCGAUGGGGACACUAGUUCUGAUGAGCUUGGGGGGGCCCCCUAUGAAUUUUCUCAAUAUGCAGGAAUUUCCUCUCGCUUUGUGUUUUGGCUAUGGAGCUGAAAGUGAUGGUGUAUAUCCCCAAUGGACACAGAUGGUGCAAAGAAAAAAACCACAGGGAUUAUAACCCGUCCUCACUUUAUCCAAAACAUGAAAAGUUUUGCCUACAGUUCUACUUUAAGCAUAGAUUGGCUAGCUAGUUCAUUUGUUUCAGAGCUACAUUUUUAUUAAUCAAGCAAAUUUAUUUAUACUUCUUUUUUUAACUUGGCAAAGACUUUUCCAAAAAGGACUGUUUCUGAAAAGAAGUCUUGGGGAAAAAACAAAAUCAACAUGUAAUAAUACAUCACAACAUGUUACAAAAAAGAAAGUGGCCGAAAAAUUUUCUUGCAAUUUUCUUUUUUUUGUUAUUUCUGUUUGUUUUUGAGGAGAGGGAUUCAGGGUUUGUCUCUGAAGAUAACAUGGUCAGUAUCCUGUAGUCUUUCUUCAGAUGUAUAUCUUGCUUUUUUAAAUUAAAAGUAAAUACCGGUACUUAAUUUUGUUUAUUCUUGCAUUUAUUCUAAUGUACUAUAUGUAAUUACCUAAAGUUAUUGUUUCUUGAAAAAUAAUAUGUCAACAAUAAAUUAAGCGUAUUGAGUUUUA